AUGGUGGUAAUGCACCUUUAAACUGACUGUCAACCAACAAUAGACUCAAAAGGAAGAGAAAAAAAACCUGCUAGGACUUGGAGUUUGGAGUUAAGAAGCGCUUCUUUGUCCACACAGUUUUGAAGCUCUGAUACUCUCCAGAACAUCACUAAAAUCUCCUGAUUCUUUACAGCUCUUAGAAUGAAACCCAGAAGGAGCUCUUUAGGAAAAUCUUCACACACUCCUGCUGAUACUGGAUCAAAGAUGUACCACUGCGCCAAUUGUGGGAAGGGUUUUACCCGAAAUAGUUCUCUCAAAAAACACCAGCGCAUUCACACAGGAGAAAAGCUGUAUCACUGUGAACAGUGUGGAAAGAGUUUUACUUCUCAGACUACUCUUAAGCGGCACCAGCGCAUUCACACAGGAGAGAAGCCAUAUCAUUGUGCAGAUUGUGGAAAGGGUUUUACUAAAAAUAGUUCUUUCAAAAUUCACCAGCGCAUUCACACAGGAGAGAGGCCAUAUCACUGUAAACAAUGUGGGAAAAGUUUUACCCGUAAACGUGAUCUUCAAAUACACCAGCGCAUUCACACAGGAGAGAGGCCGUAUCGUUGUGAACUGUGUGGGAAGAGUUUUUACCGUGACGGUCAUCUAAAAGUACACCAGCGCAUUCACACAGGAGAGAGGCCGUAUCAAUGUGCAGAUUGUGGAAAGUGUUUUACUAAAAAUAGUUCUCUUAAAACUCACCAGCGCAUCCACACAGGAGAGAGGCCGUAUCACUGUGAACAGUGUGGGAAGAGUUUUACCUGUGACGGUAAUCUAAAAAUACACCAGCGCAUUCACACAGGAGAGAGGCCGUAUCACUGUGAACAGUGUGGGAAGAGUUUUACCCGUGACGAUCAUCUUCAAAUACACCAGCGCAUUCACACAGGAGAGAAGCCGUAUUACUGUGAACAGUGUGGGAAGAAUUUUACCUGUGACAGUUAUCUCCGAAUUCACCAGCGCAUUCACACAGGAGAGAGGCCGUAUCACUGUGAACAGUGUGGGAAGAGUUUUACCUGUGGCAGUAAUCUCCGAACUCACCAGCGCAUUCACACAGGAGAGAGGCUGAUCACUGUGAGCAGUGUGGGAAGAGUUUUAGUGACUGCAGUAACUUCAAGUACCACCAGCAGGGACAUGCAGGACAGCAGCCAUAUCACUGUGGACAUUGUGGGCGGAGUUAUACUUAUUUGAAAUCAUUUAGAAAGCACAAGUGCUCUAAGAUGAAUUCAUUAGAUCUUGUUGUGAAUUAGUUAAGUUAAAAAUCAUGAAAUUUCUUAUGUCAGUAAUGAGUCACGGCAUGAGAAACUGUUGCUUUCUGUCCACAUUUUAGCAGAAUUUAUGAUUAUUUUCUUGAUUUCUAAAUGCUAAAAAAAUGCUUUUCUUGAUUUCAAAAUGUAAAAUAAUUAAGCAUGCAAUUCAUGAUUUUGUAUUUAACAAGUGCAAAUCUCUAUGGUAACUGACCAGUCAGGAUCUCAGAGGGAGACACAUAACCGUCUAUCCUUGUGGUCUAAUGAGCACUAUUCUUUCACCAUUGCUUCACAGUCACACGAUUGUCAUGUUAAACUUUUGCAACCUUGGUGGUGGAGACAGUGAUUUAUCUCUGCACCUUAAAUUGGUCACUUUUAACACCCACAGUCGUCGUCUUCUUUGUCUUUCGGCUGUUCCCUUUUAGGGCUCAUCUGAAUCAUUUGCCUCCAUCUAACUCUAUUCUCUUUUCUCACACCAACAAACUUCUAGCCCUCCUCUCCAUUAUUUCCAACCUUAUCAUCUUUCUACCUAGAUACAGUGCAUCUGGAAAGUAUUCACAGCGCCUCACUUUUUCCCCAUUAAGCUGUAUUACAGCCUUUUUCCAAAAUGUAUUAAAUUCAUUGUUUUCCUCAAAAUAAAAAAAAACAA